UGCUGCUGAGGGAGGGUGUUCGGUACUGAAGCAGCGCGCGCGGUCAGUCUAGUUCAGACGGUGCAACACAACUGCUUCUCUCUGUCUGUCUGUAAUUUGAGCGCACAAGCCGAGUCUCCGUUCCGGCGCUCACAGCGGUACCUAUCGACUUGGUCUGCGCCUGAACUGAGCGGCACGCUGCUGGUGACCCGGGAGCAGGCCACGCUGCUGGAGAAGAUGGAGCGCCUGCUGAACAGCCCCGGCCAGGAGGACCAGCACCUGGCCACGCUCACCUUCGACCAGGUGCGCCGGCUGGACGGCGUGCUCAACGACGUGGUGCCCAUCCACGGGCGCGGCAACUUCCCCACCCUGGAGGUGAAGCUCAAGGACCUGGUGGAGGUGGUGCGCGCCCGGCUGGAGGCGGACGGCGUGCACGUCAGCAGCGUGCGCGUCAACGGCGGCGCCGCCAGCCACAUCCUCAACACGGACGACAGCCAGGUGUACAACGACCUGGACCUCAUCUUCCUGGUGGACCUGCAGACGCCCAAGGACUACGACCGCGUGAAGACGGCCGUGCUGCAGUCGCUGCUCGACUUUCUGCCCGAGGGAGUCAGCAAGACCAGGAUGAGCUCGUGCAGCAUGAAGGAGGGCUACGUGCACAAGAUGGUGAAGGUGAACGACACGGACCGGUGGUCGCUCAUCUCGCUGUCCAACAACGGCGGCCGCAACGUGGAGCUCAAGUUCGUCGACUCGAUGAAGCGCAAGUUCGAGUUCUCUGUGGACUCGUUCCAGAUCCUGCUGGACUCGAUCCUGCUGUUUUACCGGUGCGCCGAGCAGAAGCUGAUCACGGAGAACUUUUACCCGACCGUGGUGGGUGUCAGCGUGUACGGCGACUUCCAGGAGGCGCUCUACCACCUGCAGAAGAAGCUGAUCGCCACCCGGCGGCCCGAGGAGAUCCGCGGCGGCGGCCUCCUCAAGUACUGCAACCUGCUCGUCAAAGACUACAAGCCCGCCCAGCCCGAAGGCAUCAAAACCCUGGAGCGCUACAUGUGCUCGAGGUUCUUCAUCGACUUCCCGGACGUGAUGCAGCAGCGGAACAAGCUGGAGACCUACCUGUCGAACCACUUUGUGGGCACGGACGAGCCUCUCAAGUACGCCUACCUGAUGGUGUUGCACAAGGUGGUGGGCGACUCGACCGUGUGCCUCAUGAGCCACGAGCGGCGCCAGACGCUCGGGCUGAUCGAGGAGAUCGCCUUCGCCGUGUACGUGCAGCAGCAGCAGCGCAUGCUGCAGAAACACUACGACGCCCAGCUGGCCGGCGGCGGCGCCGUCAUCCUGGCGCCCUUCUACCCGGCCCAGUCGUAUCCGUGCACGUGCAGCUGGCUCAACUGCGCCUAACGGCCGCCGCGCGCCGGUCGGCAGCGCGCCGGCCGGUGAUAUUGGCCGCUGCCGGGGCGGCACGUCCCCUCCCCUGGCCUCCCCUGGCCUCCCCUGUCCCGUCCCCGGGGCGCCCCACUCAUCUCGCCCGCCCCUCCCGUCCCCCGCCCCUCUCAGUCCCCUCCCUGUCCUGCCAGCACCCCCGGCGGCUGACCUCUGACCUGCCCGCCGCCACCGCGCCGCGUCUGCAUCAACGUCUCGUCGGAGCCCACCAAAACCUCGACCUCCGCCUCGGGAAAUCUGCGCCCCGUCUACGGCCACAUCUCCAGCGCCGGGACCAGCGCGACGGCCGGCCGCUCCGCCAGACGAAGGCGUACGACGGAGACCACCGACUGCGCUCCGUACGGUCGUGUCGUGUCGCAGCCUGGCGCUCCGUCCGGCCGCUGGGAUGCGGCGGAUGCCGUGGGACUGCGGUCGGUCGCGGACGGCUCUCGGAGACGUGGGUUCAGACCGGGCGCGGUGGCUGCUGCCGAGUCUCGGUCGCCGCACGGUGGCGGCGCGGCGGGACUCCGGAACAGCGACCAGCUGGCGGGGCGCCCAACAUGUGGACAAUCAUCAUAACCUUUGUAACUAUAUCUGUGUAGCUCUGCAGAGUGAUGCGGAAAUGCUCCAGCGAACCAAUGUCAUUUUACCGGGGGCCCACCUGUUAACUCUGAGGAAAUUUGGGGAUUGCCUAUGGAUCUUCGAACGGCGGCGGAUGCGGGAUUGGCCCGAGCACUUCCUGACCCAUGGUGUUGAAGUUACCGUCUCUCCAAGUGUAGCCAGUAUCGUCAGUUAUGACUUUUGAUGGACCGGCUGGCACGGGAGGCGUGGCAGUCGACCUCUUUCCUCUCUACCUUUGUUCUGUUGUCUUUAUGCAAUUCUUAGCUUCUCAUUCAAUAUUCGUUUUCUUUGCUCAUGUCGUUUUAGUAGCCGCGACCACCCAGCCCUGAUCCUGUCGCUAAGCUGCCUGGCCUAUCGGCAGUGCUGUCUUCCAUACUCCUUCCUGGACGUCUUGACCGGAACCUGGCCUGCCGUGCAGCGGUCCGGCCCCGUCGGGCAGUGUCCCGUGUCCGCCUGUCCGCGCGUCUGCGCUUCUGUCCGCGCGGCGCGUGUCCGGAGGUGCGGUGGCGGCGCGCCCUAUCCGGAGGGCAUCCCCUUGCAAUUGCAGGUCUUUCACGCGCCGGCGCUGAGUGUGACUGGUCAGCGCCGAGCUGCGGGCCGGGCGCCGCGGCUGCUGCGUGGCUCCGCGCGGCCCGCCGGGGCCGGAGUCGGCGCCAACAGGGCGCCUGGCCAGCCCGACAAUCGUCCGGCCGGCCGCCGAGGCAGACCGGCUGUCGGCGCCCUGGCCAGUGCCGCUGUUACCGGCAGUGACCGGCAGUCCGCCGCGCUCUGACCGGGGCCGGAAUUUCGGUGUCAUGUUUUGUUGAUGGCCGCCCCUGGUGGGCUCAAGGCAUUCCUGUUCAUUUAGUGUGACGCGGGCCGCGGUCGGCGCUGCUGUCUUCGGACAGAUAAAGGGGCGUCCGUUGUCCUUCCCAGCGGCCGCUGAGCAUUCCUCAAAGAAGGUACCCCAGGGUGAAAUUGACAUAAUGUAGUCGUGCAUCGUCCCAUGCAUCUCAGCUCUUGCUGCAGAAGAAACAUGCCCAGGUCAAUGGUCUUUGACAGGGGCUGGGUUUGCAGUCACUGCGUCAGCUGGUGUUCUGUACAGCGGGAGCUGGGAUGGCGCCGUGCGUAAUGCGUUGUAGCGGUUGUGUCGCCUGUGGCUGGGUGAUAAGUCUGUGCGGGGGCGGGGGGCGGGCUGUGUCCGCGGGCCGGGAGGGCGCCGCGGGCUGUGUCCGCGGGCUGCAGGAGGGCGCCGCGGGCUGUGUCCGCGGGUGCAGGAGGGCGCCGCGGGCUGUGUCCGCGGGUGCAGGAGGGCGCGCGGUGUGACGGGUCAGUGGCGGACAGCGCGGGUCGGGGCGGCCCGGCGGGCCCCUCGCCGGCCGCCGCCGUCCCUCUCUCUCGUGUUGGAUGAUCUCUGCGGCCAGUGGUUGCGGCAGACGGAGUGGCGUGGGACGGCCCAGCUGUGUGGGACAGUCAGGACGGCCGCCGACCGGCGCUCGGCCGACGGCCCAGUGAUGUGGGCGACGGGGAGCCGGGGACUGCGGCCGGCGGCCGGCGGUCGGCCCAUCCUCCCGCGCUCCGGCGCCGCGCCCCCUACGUCGCCGGAGCCAACUUACCGAGUGUGGGGCGCCGCCGCCCCACACUGGCAAAAUGAAGUAUUUUGCCUUAGUAUGGCCGUCGGGUCAUUCGCCGAUAUAUGUACAAAGGCUAGCGCUCGCCUCUCAGGAUAGACAAGAAAAUAAAUUAAAAAUGACGGUGUGACCAUGUGCAGCGGCGCGGCGGUGGCGCGGGCGAGCGCCGCCCGCGCGCGGCUGCGCCUGUCCAGUGUGUGGUUGUGCGCGCGGGUGUAUGCGUGUGUGUGCCGUUUGAGAAGCCGUAUAGUUUUCCUGACUUGUCAAAUAUUCUUUGUGAAAGAAAAACAAUAAAAAUGACAACGUU